AUGGUGACGUACUUCUUGACAGAUCCGAAGCUGGGGAAGAGGAAUAACGUCGGAAGGGAAGGAAAAGGGGCGGCGAUAACCGAAGAACACGGCGACACUUUCACACAAAGAGUUGCAGCCAAAAACAACAUGAUAAGGUGUGCUGAGAGGGAGAGACAAGCUCUUCUGGAUUUCAAGCAUGGCCUUGUGGAUGACUAUGGCGUUCUCUCUUCUUGGGGGAGAGAUGUUCAUCAAAGAGAAUGCUGCGCUUGGUCGGGCGUUCACUGCCACAACAAUACUGGCCAUGUAACAAUGCUUGAUAUUCAUGACCCCAUAUAUGAUUAUGGCUUCCCAACUCAACAAUUUCAGGAUAAUUUUAGCCAAUUCCCAAGUCACCCAUAUCUGAAAGGUUACAAGGUUAGCCCAUCUCUACUUGAAUUAGAGCAUUUGAAAUAUGUGGACCUUAGUCACAUUGAUUUUCAAGGGAUUCGUUUCCCCGAUUUUUUUAGUUCCUUUAAGAGAUCCCUUUAUCUCUAUGCUAUUGACAUUGAUGCACCACCAACCAAUGUCAGUCUCUCUCCUUUCCUUGAGAAAUUACGGUUGCCAAGUUGUGAACUUCAUGGAACUUUGCCUUUCUUGCUAAAUUCUUCUCCAUUUCUUUCCGUUGUUGAUUUUUCCUAUAACAGUCUCACUCUUCCUAUAUUCCAUUUGUUGCACAAUGCUAGCAAACAAUUCACUAGCAUCGACCUAUCACACAACAACUUUGUGGGCCUCAUUCCCGACACAUUUGGAGACAUGUCCAUUCUUGAGAAUCUUUAUCUGGGUGAUAAUUCGUUCACGGGUGAAACUCCCAAAUCCUUUGAGAAUUUGACUCAUCUACAAAUUCUUUCUUUGGGUGGUAAUCAUUUGAAGGAAUCAAUUGUUGAGCUUUCAAAAAAGUUAUCUAAAAGUACAAGGGAGUCGUCUCUUCAAACUUUGGACUUGUCUGAUAAUAGACUAUUUGGUGAACUCCCAAAAGAUAUUGGUACUAGAUUCCCUUCCUUAAGAGAACUAGGCCUAAGGGGAAAUCAACUUCAAGGGGUCCUACCAGAAAGCAUAGGGAAGCUAUCAAUGCUUGAACAACUGGAUGUCUCAUCAAACUCAUUGCAAGGAAUUGUAAGUGAAGCCCAUUUUUUGAACCUUGCCAACCUUCAAGUGUUGAGUUUAUCCUUUAAUCUAGCCCUAUCUUUCAACUUGAGUCAUAAUUGGGUUCCUCCUUUUCAAAUUCUUUUUCUAUUAUUGGCAAACUGUAAAGUGGGACCUCAAUUUCCAAAAUGGUUGCAAACUCAGACUAAAAUAUUGCAUCUUGAUAUUUCUUAUGGAAAUAUUUCAGAUACAAUACCGGAAUGGUUUUGGAAUUCUGCAUUGAAUUUUGGGUACAUGAACUUGUCCUAUAAUAACAUUGGUGGGAGGUUGUCUGAUUUAUCCACCAACUCCAACUCCUUUCUUGAAAUUGAUUUGAGCUAUAAUCAUUUUUGGGGUCCAAUACCAUUAUUUCCUCCUGAGUUUAUGACAAUUUAUCUCUCAAAUAAUAAGUUUGCUGGUCCAAUUUCAUCAUUGUGCUCAACUAUUAGCUCAAACACUUUUUUUAUUGACCUUUCUUAUAACCAGCUCUUUGGUGAGAUUCCUGAUUGUUGGAAUAAAUCUAGACAUCUUUCCCAUCUUGACUUAGGAAACAAUAAUUUCUUAGGGAGGGUUCCACACUCUUUAGGCUCCCUAUCUUUGCUUCGAUCGUUGCACUUGAGAAACAACCACCUUACUGGGGAAUUGCCUUCCUCAUUGCAAAAUUGCACAUCAUUGUUAGUUAUGGAUCUUGGAGGCAAUGAGUUUACGGAGAGAAUUCCAUCAUGGAUUGGGGGAUCUUUAAGGGAUUUGGCCAUUCUUAGCCUUCGACAUAACAAGUUCUAUGGAGACAUACCUUCAUCUAUUUGUCUUCUCAAUCGAAUCCAAAUCUUGGAUCUUUCCGUUAAUGAGUUGACGGGGAAAAUUCCACAGUGCUUCAACAACUUCACUCAUAUGAUGCAAGAUAAACAUUCCAGAAAGCUUCAAAUGUUGUUUCCAGAACCCUUACUUAUUUCUGCUUCGACCUCUCUAGACAAUAUAUUGAUUCAAUGGAAAAACAAAGAGUGGGAAUAUAGGAAACAAGUGGUCCUCCUAAAAAGCAUUGAUCUUUCAAGCAAUCAGUUGGUUGGAGAUAUUCCCGAGCAAUUUUCUUCCCUCAAUGGAUUACUUUCCUUGAACCUUUCAAGUAACCAUUUGACUGGAAAAAUCUUUUCGACAAUCUAUCAAAUGGAGAAUUUAGAGGUCCUUGAUCUAUCUAAGAAUCAACUCUUUGGUGCAAUUCCAAUCGGUCUUGCUAGUUUGAAUUAUCUUGCUGUUCUUGACUUGUCCAACAACUCUUUAUCUGGCAAAAUUCCAACCGGCACUCAAUUACAAAGUUUCAAUGCUUCUUUCUAUGCCGGAAAUAGCGGGUUGUGCGGGGACCCACUUCCCAAAUGUUCGCCAGAUGCUCCUCCACAAAACAACAACAACUACAAUGACUAUGAAGAAGGUGAUGAUUUUCUAGAUCGGGGAUUUUAUAUAUCCAUGGUGCUUGGAUUCUCUCUAAGCUUUUGGGGAUUUGUGGUCACUUUAAUUCUCAAAGACUCAUGGAGAUUAACUUACUAUGAAUUCUUAAAUGAUGUCAAAGAUUGGCUCUACGUGAAAAUCAGAAUUUAUUUGGCAAGACUACAACGAAAGCUUAGGCGCACAUGAUGAUUUGAUGAAUGAAUGAAUGGUAGGAGCUGAGGUUGACAUAGAUGGAUUCUGUGGAUUAUUGCAACACCAAAUUGAAGGAUUUUGAUGGAGUUCUUAGCUUGGUUAUUAUUUGUGUGUUUCAUUCACUAGUUUUAGAAAGAAAAGUCUGUAUUUGUUUCUCUUUUUUUUCAUCAGCUUAUCUUUUCAAUUAAUUAUUGUUA